AUGCUGCGUCAUGUGUUCACGUCGUUUACACGACGACGCACUCAACAUCUUUGCACUGUAAAUUGUCGUAGCUUCUCAUCUGUUCCAUUAUUAAAGAAAGGUGAUGGUUGUAAGUCCUUACAAGUAGGUGAAAUUUACCACAACUUUAAGCUGGAACGAGUAGCAACUGUGCCCGAGUACGGCGUUGACGCUUUAGAGCUGCGUCAUGAGCAUACGAAAGCGAAGUAUCUGCAUCUGGAUGCUAAGGAUUCAAAUAAUGUUUUUGCUGUUAUGUUCCGUACGCCGCCCACGAACUCGACAGGUGUGGCUCAUAUUUUAGAACAUACGACGUUAUGUGGAUCCAAGCGCUAUCCAGUGCGCGAUCCAUUUUUUAACAUGAUAAAGCGCAGUCUCAAUACAUAUAUGAAUGCUCUCACGGGUGCAGAUCAUACUAUGUAUCCAUUCUCAACAACUAAUACCAAGGAUUGGCGCAACCUCAUGAGUGUAUAUCUAGACGCCGUCUUUUUUCCCAACUUGGAAAAGCUUGACUUUUUGCAAGAGGGUCAUCGACUCGAAAUUAGCAAGGAACAACACGGAACGAGAGAGCUUAUAUACAAAGGUGUCGUGUUGAACGAGAUGAAAGGAGUGUUUUCAGAUAGCAACAAUAUCUUUGCCACGCGAUUGCAGCAGGAACUUAUGAAAGACACCAUCUAUCAGCAUGUGAGUGGAGGCGACCCAAAGCAUAUUCCAUCGCUUACGUACGAGGAUCUCCGCGCUUUUCACACCACAUAUUACCACCCAUCGAACUGUUGCUUUUACUCUUACGGUGACUUGCCACUCACGGAUCACCUGGCUUAUUUAAAUCAGGAGGUCCUCAGUAAGUUUGACUACUGCGCCGAAUCAGCUGGCAUUCAAGUAGACACAAAGGGAUUUUGCAUGCGCAAGGCAAGCUCAAAGGAGCCGGAAUUGAUAGUUAUUGAAGGUCCUAGCAGCAACAUGAGCAGUGACGAUGCUGCUGAUCCGAACACUAAGUUUUGCAUGAGCAAGAUUGUAGACGUGAGAUCUACAGAUCCUUUUCCAACCUUCGUGCUGCGAAUCGUGGGCUAUUUACUGACGAAUGGACCGGCGUCUCCAUUGUACAAAGCACUCAUCGACUCUGACCUUGCACAGGACUUUUCGGUCGGUACAGGCUUUGAUACAUCCACGUACUACCCAACAUUCGGCGUCAGUGUAGAGGGCAUCAAAGGAGGAAAAGCUACUGUUCCUGCUAUUCGUAUAGCUGUGCACGACGCAUUGACGAAAGUGGUCGCUGAGGGGUUUGACAAGGAUCGAGUGGACGGACUACUUCAUCAGUUAGAGUUGAGUCUUAAGCAUGUGACGGGCAACUUUGGACUGCAACUUAUGCAUGGCGUUAGUUCCAUUUGGGCUCAUGGAGGCGAUCUUAUUGACAGUUUGCAGCUGAACCCUUUAUUGGAGCUUUUAAACGCCGAAAUGGCUCGUGAUCCAAAAUUUCUUGAGAGUCAUGUGCGGGAUUACUUCAUGCGCGAUGAUGUGCGCGAGGUCCAGAUGCUUAUGCUGCCUUCUAGAGACUUUGUGCGCGAUCAAGAACGACUCGAACAAGAAAACCUGGCUGCUACACUUAUGGAAUUGUCUAACGAUGACCUAGACCGUAUUGCGCGAACCACAUCGCAGCUGGAGCGCCACCAACAAACGACACAGCCUGUGGAAUGUCUGCCCACAUUAAGUUUGGAUGACAUUCCGCGCUUUCAAGAGGACAAUUUCGACCAUAUUGACACAGUACAGCUAUACUCGAUAUCUGGAGAAUUUGUGCGCGUGCCGUCUACGAACGAGGUUACGUACUUGCGUCUUCUUUUUGACUUGGAAGCGAUACCACAAGUGUACCAUCGAUACAUGAAUGUUUUUGCGACUGUGUUUGGAUCGCUGGGCACAUCACGCUACGCCUACGAUGAGCUUUCCACGGUCAUUGCAAACUGCUGUGGAGGUGUAUCAUGCUCAGCAAUUUCGGCCCCAUCGCUCAGCAAUGCGCUCGGUGAUCCCAGCAAGCAAUCGCUUUUGCUUACCACAAUGUGCUUACCUCACAAAGUGGACGAAACAUUGAGCCUCUUGCAUCAAGCACUCACCGACACACAGUUUUUAAGUGAUGAAAAUUUGCGCCAACUGCGUCUCAUUUUGCAGAGUAGUGCAUCUACCGCAAGCAGCAGCAUUUCGUCAUCCGGUGCUGUCCUAGCUGCAACACGCUCACGUGUCGGUCUUUCCAGUGCUGGUGUGUACGACGAGUUAUACAGUGGCCUUACGCAGAUUGAGCAGCUUCAACAUUGGGCACAGUGCUCGGAUGAUGAGCUCUGUCAAAUUGCUUGUAUACUACAAGAUAUCGCCCGCAUGGUGUUCAUACCCGCUAACCUACGUCUAUCUGUUGUGACAGAGGACAAACUUCGUUCUCAGGUCGAGCACUCUCUGACGUCUAAGCUUCUCCAGCCACUGGCUGAUACUGCAUCGGUGGCAGACGUUGCGUCACUAACGCAUCCAAUCGAUGAACUACAGGUGCCUGUUGUAUCAACAAAGAGCUAUUUUGCCUUUCCCAUUUCAGUCAACUUUGUAGUGGAGACACAGUCAUCUGUGUCAUUCGCACACGAGGAUCAUGUGCCACUCACUUUGCUGGCACAAAUCAUGUCGACGUGUUACCUGCAUCAGCAAGUACGUGAACAAGGUGGAGCCUACGGUUCCGGUGUCUCUCAGAACGAGGGCUCUUUUUCGAUGACCUCUCAUUAUGAUCCGAACACGUUUAAGACGCUUGAUGCUUACAAUGGUGCUCGUCAGUGGGCCGUUAAUGGAGAGUUUUCGCAUCGUGAUGUGCAGGAAGCGCUGCUAUCGGUGUUUGCUAGUAUCGACGCCCCUAAAACUCCGUCAAUGAAGGGUCGAAUGAGCUUUUUGCGAGGUGUAACCAAUGACAUGCGCCAGCGCCGCCGUGAACAGUAUCUGUCGCUGACACGCCAAGACCUUGUAAAAGUUGCGCACAAGUAUUUGAGCGAAGAAAAAAUGCUGGAGAAGCGCACUGUUAUUAUCGGCAAGGACAGUGACAAUUGUCAAGAAUUUUUAGAUAAGGGUUUCGACGUGCAGCGUUUUACUUCUACAACCUCGUUCGACAAGUAA